GAGACGCUCAUAGUCUCAACCAAUUUAGCUUUUCUUGUAGAGAAACAGAGAGAGAUAUCCGGAAAAAAGAAAAAAGGAAAAAAAGAUAGAUGGGCAAGUUAAGGGGUCUAAGUCACCUUUUAGUGACGGUGUUUCUGUCAGUGUUUGGUAGUUUCAUGGUUCUUCCGGCCAUCACCGAUGUCACCAUGUUGGCUCUGUGUCCUGGUCAAGACGAGUGCUCGCUUGCCAUCUACCUCACCGGAUUUCAACAGGCGAUCAUCGGGUUGGGAAUGGUGGUGAUGUCCCCAUUGAUUGGGAACCUAUCGGACAAGCACGGCAGGAAAUCGCUGCUCACAGUACCAAUGACCCUCGCCAUAAUUCCUCUAGUAAUCCUAGCGUUUAGCCGAACAACCAACUUCUUUUAUGCAUACUAUAUAAUCAGGACACUCACCGCCAUGGUGGCCGGCGGUGCCAUGGAAUGCCUUACUCUUGCAUAUGUGGCAGAUAACAUAGCAGAGAGGGAGAGGGCAUCAGCAUUUGGAAUUCUAGCUGGAGUACGUUCUGCAGCAUGGGUUUGUGGAACAUUAGCAGCUCGUUUCCUCUCCACUUCUUCAACGUUUCAAUUGGCUGCUUUGGUAUCCAUGAUUGCUACUGUGUAUAUGAGAAUUUUCCUUGAAGAAAGCCUUCCAUAUGAGCAACAAGCUUCUGAUAAUCUCACCCAGCCCAUCUUCAAACAUGCUGAUGAUGAACCAAAUUUAGUUGAUGAAGAAGAUGGCCAAAUACAGAAAACCACCAUGCAAAUCCAGGCUUUUAAGAAUAUUCCAUCAUUGCAGGAUGUGCUUUGCUUGCUCAAAACCAGCAAGACAUUUUCACAAGCAGCAGUCGUUUCAUUUUUUCAAAGUCUUGCUGAUGGUGGGAUAGAAGCUACGUUGCUGUAUUUCUUAAAGGCUCGUUUUCAAUUCAGUAAGAAUCAGUUUGCUGAUCUGAUGCUAAUUACUGGGAUUGCAGGCACCAUUUCACAGCUGCUUUUCAUGCCCCUGAUGGCAACUGCUAUUGGAGAGGAAAAAUUGCUUUCAAUUGGGCUCCUAGUGGGAUCUGCAAAUAUGUUCAUUUACAGCAUAUCAUGGUCAGCUUGGGUUCCUUAUGUUGUUUCACUAUUCUCUUCCGUUGCUAUCUUUUCAUAUCCAACGGUACGCAGCAUUGCCUCAAAACAGUUUGGUGCUAAUGAGCAGGGGAAAGCUCUAGGAUGUAUUUCAGGCAUAAGUUCCUUCGCCAACAUAGUUUCUCCCUUGAUUUUUAGCUCCUUGACAGCUUUAUUUCUUUCUGAGAGAGCACCGAUUAAUUUCCCUGGCUUCAGUAUUAUGUGCGUUGGGCUAGCAUUGAUGAUCGCUUUCAUUCAAAGUACCAUGAUAACAACUGCACCAGGUCAGAGAAAUGGCAAUAACAACGUUAUGGAAAAUUAGGAACGAGUAUACCUAACUAUUUUCUAACAUGAAACAGUGUAUAACUAAACCUGGGACAUAUCAUAUGUCUUCUCGAGCAGCAGCCCUUUCAAAUGCAAAGAACCUAAGAGCAAGAGGAAAUGGUCAUUCUGUAGAUGUUACUAGAUUUUCCCACUUCCAUGAACGACAACAUAAUCUGCAAAGGGAUAUCCACAAAACUAAUGGUGCAACACUUGAUACUGUUUGGUAACAGAUUGGUUUUCAGUUUUUGUUUUUCACUUUUCUCUACCUAAUUAUGUAUAAUUUACUUAUAUGAGCGUUAGUUUUUGAGAUAAGACUUUUUUCUUACUCAAGUAAAAUGGUAAAUAUAAAUCAAACACAUGAGGUUUAGUAAACCCUUUAUUGUUAAUUAGAAACUGUACCAUUUAAGGUUGUGUACAAACUGUCAUUUAAGAGUACUGAAAAAUCACACCACUCUCAAGAUCCGGGGUUCAUUUUA